UCACAUCACCGUUGACGACUCUGGAAGGACUGUCCGUCAAAUUUACUAUUUUAAUGAACAUCACAAAACGUGUUUUUGCUCGUUUUUUGACAGGAUAGUUUUGACGAGAUCGAGCUGCGCCGGUACUCUGUGCAAUAACAGGCUGCAAGUAACGGCAGGCAUGAGGAUUGCUCAUCUUUCUCUGGAAAUGCCUCAGUUCCGCUGGGCUGCCUCGUGACUCCAGCAGCGACCGAGAGGAGGAGCAGACAGCAGAUGAUCCGGGCCCCCGUCAGCUCCUGCCCGCUCCCCUGAAGCGCGUAUGCACGCCUGGAUCAGGAGGACCAGAGGCAGCUGCAGGGGAGGCGCUGAAAUGAGAUGAGGCUCAGACAUGGAACUGUUGCCACUGCGAUUAUUUUCUUCACGUCGUUUCUCAGUCUGUCCUGGUACACGGCUUGGCAAAAUGGCAAAGAAAAGUUGGUAGCCUAUCAGAGGGAGUUUCACGCCCUGAGGGAGCGCCUGCGUGCGGCGGAGCACCGAACCCUCCAGCGCUCCUCUGAGCUCAACGCCAUCCUCGAGCAGUUCAGACGGGCCAUCGCAGAGACCAACGGCAGCAAAGAUGCUCUCUCCAACUUCUCAGAUGAGACACAGAAGUUGCUGAAGGAGUUGGCUCACAGGAAGCCCCUCCAGGUGCCAAAUAUCUACCACCAUCUGCCUCACUUGCUCAACAAUGAAGGCAGCCUGCACCCUGCCGUACAGGUGGGACAGGGACGUACCGGAGUUUCCAUGGUGAUGGGCAUCCCCACGGUGAAGCGGAAAGUAAAGUCAUACCUGUCAGAGACGCUUCAUUCACUCAUCGAUAAACUCUCGGCGGAGGAGAAACUCGACUGCGUCAUCAUAGUGUUCGUGGGAGAGACGGACAUAGAUUACGUAAACAGUGUGGUUGCAGGCCUUGAAAAAGAGUUCUACAGAGAGCUGAAUUCUGGUUUACUGGAGGUCAUAUCUCCCCCUGCCAGCUACUAUCCAGACUUCAGCAACUUGAAAGAGACCUUUGGUGACUCAAAGGAGAGGGUGAAAUGGAGGACCAAGCAGAACUUGGACUAUUCCUUUCUAAUGAUGUAUGCUGUGAACAAAGGGGUCUAUUAUGUCCAGUUAGAGGACGACAUCGUUGCCAAGCCCAACUAUUUUGCCACCAUGAAAAACUUUGCCCUACAACUCGCCACUGAGGACUGGAUGAUCCUUGAGUUUUCACAGCUGGGCUUUAUUGGUGAUAAAGACUUCCUGAAACCUCUGCUGCAUAAGAUUCACAUGAACCCGCCGGCGGAGGUGUCCACCUCUCUUAAAGUGUAUCAAGGUCAUACACUUGAGAAGACCUACAUGGGCGAAGACUUCUUCUGGGCCAUUACUCCAAUGGCUGGAGACUUCGUCCUGUUCAAGUUUGAUCGGCCCGUAAACAUAGAAAGGCCCAAAUCCCUCUCACACUGGUCGUGGUACAUCAAACCAUCCUUACAGUUGAUCCUGUUAGUGAAUAAGACUCGGUUUGAGAAAGGAGUGGCAGAGGGGACGGUUGACCCUGCCUUUAACCCUGUGGUGGCUGUUCGUCUGACGGUCCAGAAGAACUCCGCCGUGUGGGCAAUUAUUAGCGAGGUCUGUAUGCUGCCUUUGGUUUAG